AUGUCUUCGGAGCAGGAGCUCUCAACUUCAUUCAUCCCGGCGUUAUACAAGCCAGCAUCCCUUCUCCCCAUAGCAAAACACAAGCAGAGUCUUCUCUAUGUUGUGGAGACAUACCCGGUGACAAUCGUGGUGGGUCAGACGGGAAGUGGUAAAACAACGCAACUUCCGCAAUAUCUGGAACAAGCUGGAUGGUGCAAUGAUGGAAAAGUUAUUGCGGUGACUCAGCCAAGGCGUGUCGCGGCUACGACGGUAGCAACCCGAGUGGCCGAGGAGAUGCGUUGCCAACUUGGAGAACAGGUUGGCUACUCUAUCCGGUUUGAGGAUGUGACCUCGGCUUCUACAAAGAUUAAAUUCCUCACCGAUGGAAUGCUUCUCAGAGAAGCAUUGGUCGAUCCGCUGCUCUCUCGAUACUCGGUCAUCAUGGUUGAUGAAGCUCAUGAGAGAUCUCUCAGUACCGAUGUGCUUCUUGGGAUCCUGAAGAAGAUCCGGGUCAAGAGACCCGAAUUGCGCAUUAUCAUCAGUAGUGCGACGCUUCAAGCAGAGGAAUUUCUCAGGUUCUUUGCUGGAGAAGACUACAAGCCUGAUGCCGACCCGAGCGAACUUGGGGGCAGCACUGGACGUAUUAUUAGUCUAGAGGGCAGAAUGUUCGCGGUGGACACAUUCUAUCUUGAGAAACCCACCGAGGAUUACGUAGAAAGAGCUGUGAAGACAGUUUUUGAUAUCCAUACAAAGGAGGGAGAAGGAGAUAUUCUUGUGUUUAUGACUGGCCGCGAAGAGAUUGACAGGGCCAUACAACUCAUCUCAGAGCGAGCCGCGUCUCUUCACCCAAAGUCUGCCUCUCUAUCACCAUUGCCUCUCUACGCCGGUCUUACCACUGAACAGCAGAUGUACGUCUUUGAACCGGCUGGCGAGGGUGUCCGAAAAGUCAUUGUGUCAACCAACAUCGCUGAGGCUUCCGUUACUAUCGAUGGGAUCGUGUUCGUGGUAGAUUGUGGCUAUGCCAAGCUUCGAGCAUACAACCCCAGCACUGGCAUUGAAACUCUUACUGCGGUCCCGAUAUCAAAAGCCUCUGCUACCCAGCGAGCCGGAAGAGCGGGAAGAACUAAACCUGGAAAAUGCUUUCGUCUUUAUACCCAGUCAUCCUUCGAGCAGCUUCUAGAGGUGACUGUGCCUGAAAUUCAAAGAUCGAACCUUGCACCCAUCGUCAUGCAGCUCAAGGCUCUAGGCAUUGACAACAUUGUACGAUUUGACUUCUUGACACCGCCCCCGGCUGAGCUCGUCAUCAGGGCCUUUGAGCUCUUGUUCUCGCUUGGUGCAGUCGACGAUCAUGCCAAACUCACGAAACCUCUUGGCAUGCGCAUGGCAGAGCUUGCAGUCGAUCCCAUGAUGGCCAAGGUCCUGCUCGUGGCUCCUAAGUUUAACUGUCUUAGUGAAAUCCUCUCAAUCGCCGCGAUGGUCAGCCUGCAGGGUACUGUAUGGGUGAAUCAUGAUGGUGACAAGAAGAAUGCUGAAAGCCACCGCCGCAAGUUCGCCGUUGAAGAAGGUGAUCAUCUUACCUAUCUGAAUGUGUACCAAGCGUUCGUCACCAAAGGCAAGAAAGAUUCGAAAUGGUGUCGUGAUAACCUGUUAAACUUCAAGGCCCUGCAACGUGCAGUUAGCAUUCGUGGUCAGCUGAAGCGGUAUCUUGAGCGGUUUGGCAUCGAGGUUGACGAGACCUUGUCAUCUCGCCAAUCUGUAGAUUUGAGUCAAAAGCCAGAGCAGAUUCGACGAUGCCUCACAACUGGCUACUUUGCCCAUGCGGCCAAGAUGCAACCCGACGGGACUUUCAAGACAGUCAGCGGAGCAUUAACCCUUCACCCACACCCAUCAUCUCUGAUGUUUGUAUGUUAUUCUCUGGUCCAUCUGCUUCCAGAUUUUUACUAA